GUUAUCCCAGAGUCCAAUCGUGUACACGAAUUGAGGAAGAAACUUCGACCAUGGUGUAACACAAUCACUCGUUGAUUUCCUCAAACCCCGGAAACCUAAGAAUAUAUUACGUUAAAACCUCCCACCGGUUCAAACACUCCCUCUCCCUCUCCCUCUCCCUCCUCUGUUCCUUGUUCUUCUAGCUCUGUCAGCCUUUCUCAUGGCCGCCGCCAAUCUAUCCACCUUCUCUCCCUCUCUCGCAAAACCUACUCCUCUACCUCUUAACACACCCUAUACCCAUCUUGCUCUAUCCUCCAAAGCCCAAUCAAAACCCUCUUUUCCUUGCAAACCCUACUUUUCCCACCCCUCCUCCACUGACACCCACAGAACCCCUCUCAGGGCUUCAUCCAAAAACCCUAUCUCCGAAUUUUUCCCCUCAAAUAAACAAUGCCCAGAUGAUCAUUCUAUUGAUUUUGAUGAUGACGAUAAGCCCCGCGAAGAGUGCGGAGUCGUUGGCAUAUUUGGCGACUCAGAGGCCUCUCGACUCUGCUACUUGGCUCUCCACUCGCUCCAGCAUCGUGGCCAGGAAGGUGCCGGCAUCGUUGCCGUUCAAAACGACGUGCUCCAAUCGGUUACAGGGGUGGGAUUAGUCUCCGACGUGUUCAACGAGUCGAAACUCGAUCAGUUGCCCGGAGAUUCGGCUAUCGGACACGUCAGGUACUCGACUGCGGGCUCGUCUAUGCUCAAGAACGUGCAGCCCUUUGUUGCAGGGUACAGGUUUGGCUCUGUUGGGGUUGCCCACAAUGGUAAUUUGGUGAAUUAUCGUGCUCUUCGGGCUAAGCUCGAAGAUAAUGGUUCAAUUUUCAAUACUAGCUCCGAUACCGAGGUUGUGCUUCAUCUAAUUGCUAUUUCAAAAGAAAGGCCCUUUGUCAUGAGGAUUGUGGAUGUAUGUGAGAAGCUUGAGGGGGCCUAUUCGAUGGUGUUUUUGACCCAGGAUAAGCUGGUUGCGGUGCGAGACCCUUAUGGGUUUAGGCCUUUGGUUAUGGGAAGAAGGAGUAAUGGCGCUGUGGUGUUUGCCUCUGAAACUUGUGCACUUGAUUUGAUUGAAGCCACAUAUGAGAGGGAGGUGUUUCCUGGGGAAGUUGUGGUGGUUGACAAAAGUGGGAUUCAAUCACUCUGCCUAAUGCCUCAUCCCCAACCAAAACAAUGUAUCUUUGAGCACAUAUACUUUGCUUUGCCCAAUUCGGUGAUUUUCGGGCAGUCUGUGUAUGAGUCUCGCCGUAGGUUUGGGGAGAUACUUGCAACCGAAUCCCCAGUUGAUUGUGAUGUUGUCAUAGCAGUGCCGGAUUCUGGAGUAGUGGCUGCACUUGGUUAUGCUGCCAAAGCCGGGGUACCAUUUCAGCAGGGUUUGAUAAGGUCACACUAUGUUGGGAGGACUUUCAUUGAACCGUCACAGAAGAUUAGGGACUUUGGUGUGAAGCUUAAGUUGUCACCAGUGCGAGCAGUGUUAGAGGGAAAGAGGGUCGUGGUAGUGGAUGACUCAAUUGUGAGGGGAACAACUUCUUCAAAGAUCGUUCGGUUGAUAAAGGAGGCAGGGGCUAAGGAAGUUCACAUGAGGAUUGCGAGCCCACCAAUUAUCGGGUCCUGCUAUUAUGGAGUGGAUACACCUAGUUCGGAGGAGUUGAUUUCUAAUAGGAUGAGCGUGGAGGAGAUUAGGGAGUUUAUUGGGUCAGAUUCACUCGCUUUUCUUCCAUUUGAUAGCUUGAAAAAGUUGUUGGGUGAUGAUUCUCCCAAUUAUUGUUAUGCUUGCUUCUCUGGGAAGUAUCCUGUUGAGCCUAGAGAGUUAAAGGUGAAAAGGGUUGGUGAUUUUGUCGAUGAUGGGAUAAACGGGAGUUUAGAAUCCAUUGAUGGUGGUUGGGUUCAAGCAAAACCAAAAACGGAAUUGGAGGUUAGUGGUGCCUAAUGUCUGUCGUAGCCACCGUAUAGACGCUUUUUUUUUUUUUCCUGAUCAACAGCAGGAUCUACGGCUUUCAGAUAUGGGAUGUGGCUAGUGACUGAUCUCUUAAGUGAACCCUGCUUACUAUGUGCAUUCUGGAAUGAAUUUGGAUUUUUCAAAGUUAAUGCUUAUACAAUUUUGUUAGUUGUAUUCAGUUUUGCAUCUAAAAUUUAUUUGGGUUUUACUUUCAUGAUGAGGGACAAUGAGCUUACUAGAUUCUCCUUGCGUGGUUUUGUUGGACAAGGUUAUGAGAUCUAUGUUUCUUGUUUUACUCAUAAAAUAAAAUAUUUCUUA